GCCUACCAGCCCCGGGCGGCGGCGCAGAGCCGGCCCGGCGCACCAGGCAGCCAGCGCGGCCAUGACGGCGGAGAAGGCGCUGCCUCUGGGGAACGGGAAGGCUGCAGAGGAGUCGCGGGAGCCUGAGGCGCCGGGGGGCGGCGGCGGGGGCGCCGCGGCGGCCGUGCGGGUCCCGCGCGACAAGGCGGUCCACGAGCGCGGCCACUGGAACAACAAGGUGGAGUUCGUGCUGAGCGUGGCCGGGGAGAUCAUCGGGCUCGGCAACGUGUGGCGCUUCCCUUACCUGUGCUACAAGAACGGAGGAGGAGCAUUCCUGAUUCCCUAUGUGGUGUUUUUUAUUUGUUGUGGAAUUCCCGUGUUUUUUCUGGAAACGGCUCUGGGACAGUUCACGAGUGAAGGUGGCAUUACAUGUUGGAGAAAAAUUUGCCCUUUAUUUGAAGGCAUUGGUUAUGCAACACAGGUGAUUGAGGCCCAUCUAAAUGUAUAUUACAUUAUCAUCUUGGCAUGGGCCAUUUUCUACCUGUGCAACUGCUUCACCACCGAGCUCCCCUGGGCCACCUGUGGGCAUGAAUGGAACACAGAGAAAUGUGUGGAGUUCCAGAAACUGAACAUGACCAACCACAGCCAUGUGUCCCUGCAGAAUGCCACCUCUCCCGUCAUGGAGUUUUGGGAGCGCCGGGUCCUGGCCAUCUCAGAUGGGAUUGAGCAUAUUGGGAAUCUCCGCUGGGAGCUGGCCUUGUGUCUCCUGGCAGCCUGGACCAUCUGCUACUUCUGUAUCUGGAAGGGGACCAAGUCCACAGGAAAGGUUGUAUAUGUCACCGCGACAUUCCCCUACGUUAUGCUUCUGAUCCUCCUGAUCCGAGGGGUCACGCUGCCUGGGGCCUCCGAAGGCAUCAAGUUCUACCUUUACCCUGACCUUACCCGGCUGUCUGACCCACAGGUCUGGGUAGAUGCUGGAACACAGAUCUUUUUCUCUUAUGCCAUCUGUCUGGGCUGUCUGACUGCUCUGGGAAGUUAUAACAAUUACAACAACAACUGCUACAGGGACUGCAUCAUGCUCUGUUGUCUGAACAGUGGAACCAGUUUCGUGGCCGGCUUUGCCAUCUUCUCUGUCCUGGGCUUCAUGGCAUAUGAGCAGGGGGUACCUAUUGCCGAAGUGGCAGAGUCAGGCCCUGGCCUGGCCUUUAUCGCCUACCCCAAGGCUGUCACCAUGAUGCCUCUCUCCCCACUGUGGGCCACCUUGUUCUUCAUGAUGCUCAUCUUCCUUGGUCUGGACAGCCAGUUUGUGUGUGUAGAAAGCCUUGUGACCGCCGUGGUGGACAUGUACCCGAAGGUCUUCCGGAGGGGCUACCGGCGGGAGCUGCUCAUCCUGGCCCUGUCGGUCAUCUCCUAUUUUCUGGGCCUCGUGAUGUUAACGGAGGGUGGCAUGUACAUCUUCCAGCUCUUUGACUCCUAUGCCGCCAGUGGGAUGUGCCUCCUCUUUGUGGCCAUCUUUGAGUGUGUCUGCAUCGGCUGGGUGUACGGAAGCAACCGCUUCUAUGAUAACAUCGAAGACAUGAUUGGCUACCGGCCGUUGUCACUCAUUAAAUGGUGCUGGAAGGUCGUGACCCCCGGGAUCUGUGCAAGCAUCUUCAUUUUCUUCCUGAUCAAGUACAAGCCCCUCAAGUAUAACAAUGUCUACACCUACCCCGCCUGGGGCUAUGGCAUAGGCUGGCUCAUGGCGCUGUCCUCCAUGCUCUGUAUCCCCAUCUGGAUCGUCAUCAAGCUGUGGAAGACAGAGGGGACGCUGCUCGAGAAAUUCCGGAAGUUGGUGAUCCCCAGUGCUGACCUGAAAAUGAGAGGCAAGCUUGGGGCAGGCCCACGGACGGUGAUGGUUAAUGACUGUGACGCCAAACUCAAGGGCGAUGGGACCAUUGCAGCCAUCACAGAGAAGGAGACGCACUUCUGAGUGUCCGCCUGCCACCUCGGAUGCCUCUGCUUCCGUCUCCUUCCCCGGGUGUAUAAGAGAAUACCUGAAAACGUACUUCACCUAAUGAUAGAGGCUUGCUCGUUUUGCACAGGACUUAUUAACAAGUUAAUUUUAAGGUGGUUGUGUGUAUACUGUUUUAAAGUCACAUCCCCCUCCUCGCCCCUAAUUAUCAUGUAAGUAACGUGACAAAGAGUUAAUACUGUACAGGGACUAGCAGAAUCUUGUGCUAGGACAAUUUUAACCAGUGUUUUCUAGGGGUUAAGAAGAAAUGUAUCAUAUGGUCAAAUUUUUAUACUCAGGCUGUGGGCAGGUGGGGUGGGAGCGAUGCCUGUCCAACUCCGUCAGCCUUCUAACCAGCCAGUCCACGCCCCAUGUUCGUCCCUGAUCUUUGCCACCCCCCUCCUCGCCACCUCCAGGAGUGGGGGAUUUUUCCUUCAAACCCUCCCUUCCCCAUCCCCAACCUCUUUGGGUUUGCAGACAGCAAGGCUGUGUCAGAGGAGAAAAAGGCCCACCAGACUCGGGACGGACGCCUGGAGUGCAGGUGCACAUCUCCCCUGAUCCUCCUAGGUGACUUGGGCACUCCCUUCUGCUCCCUGGGCCUGUCUCCCUGUCUCCUGAAAGGGAGGGCUGGGUCAGGUGAUCUCGAGGUUCUUCCCGGCCUGGCAGCAUUUCUUGGGGAUUCUUGCUGCAUGCCUGCUGGCUUGCAGAUCUGCCAUUCAUGUUGGAUUCUCCUGAAGACUCUCAGGUAGUCAUCCUUGUAUUCACCCUCCACCUGCUUAUUGUAAAUCAAGUUUAUCAUGGAAACAGUGUGGUGGUGGUAGUGGUGGUGGUGGUAUGUGUUUUCCCCAAAACUCUAGUUGGAUUUCAUCUGUGAGUGGUCCGUGUUCUGGAGACCAGCCGUGUUCUGACCCAUGUGGAACUCAUCCUGCUCUGCCUGCUCUCACCCUCAGCGCUGCCCCUCCAUCCUCAGAGGCGCUCGCUGGGGUUGCCUGGGCGCUGGUUUUCAGGCUUAGGAAGCAGCCUCCAUUCUCCUUGCAGCUGCACAUCUGGCCAAUGUCCCAGCCAGGAAGGACCUGCAUUGUCGGACAUCCCCCCAGCCUCUCAGGAGAAGGAGCUAUGGGGGGCCUGGAGCUGGUUUCAUCCUCCAGUCCCUUCCCCAUGCCCCUGCCACAGCUUCUCCCUCUGGCUGUCCCAGGCAGGCCUCCUCUCUCCUCUGCCAUCCUGAUACCUCAGUUCCCUCCUGCUCCCUCCUGUCACCAGCAGAACCUUGGAACCUUGAGGAAGCUUCUUCCCCGCCCUUCUCAGGGGAGCCUUCCUCCGGCCUCUCCAGGGUGCGGAGAAGCCUGAGUGCUUACUAAGGGCAGCCUGGGCUCUGGGGGCAGACUGGCUCCUUCCCUAGCUCUCUGGAUGGUCGCUCUCUUUUUUUCUUUAAUUGGAUUUUACAUCAAGCCUCUACCUUGGAUUCUGAGUUAUUUGAGGAAAAGGGAAAAGGGGAAGUGCAUUCUUCUUUUUUUUUUUUUUAAAUCCUUACCUAAGGAUAUUUUUUCCAUUGAUCUUUAGAGAGAGAGGAAAGGAGAGAGAGAGAGAGAGAGAGAGAGAGAGAGAGAGAGAGAGAGAGAGAGAGAGAGAGAGAGAGAGAGGAGAGAGAGGAGAGAGACAUCCCUGUGAGAGAGAUAAAUUGAUUGACUGGUUUUCUCCUGCAUGUGCCCAACCUGGGCCAGGGAUUGAACCUGUAACUGAGGUAGGUGCCCUUGACCAGGAAUCAAACCCACAGCCCUGCAGUCCGUGGGCAGACACUCUGACCACUGAGCAAAACCACUAGGGUAGAAGGUGCAUUCUUUAUUCUUUUCCUUUAGGUUCCAAAGUUCAUUUGGUGGAAAUGCAAGCUUUGUCCACACCGAGGCAUACGCUUCCUGUAACGAAGCUGUGCAUUUGACUCAUCCAAAAGUCCCCAAGCUCCCAGCUUCUCUGCUCUGGGCACUGCCCCCGUUUGAGCCCACGUUUGCUGAGAGGGAUGUCCAGUGCUGCCCAGGCAAUGGGGCACCUGGUUCUGGUUCCCCUUUUGCACACACAGCCAGGCCUGCCUGGCCCCUCCUUGAGCUCUUUGGUCUAGUGGACCCAGGAAAUGUACCCAGGAAGAUCAGGGCUCAGCUGGGCCCCCUGCUCGUCGUGUCCGCUGUUGUCUGCUCUUCUCCCAACAGGCCCUGGGGAGGGCGUCUCCCCGCUGCUGCUGCUGCUAUGGUUCUCCGCCCACGGUCCCACGGACGCAGCCUUCUGGCACGCACUGCACUGUACAUACAUCACCACUUACAUGUCACCCACUUAACACUACUAACCGGGCAGGGCAGAGGGAGGGCCUGUGUUCUUGUUUUUGUAAUUUCCUACUAGUAUUUGGGUAACUUUGUGGGGGGGGGGAAAUGUGGGGGCGAGGGAAACAUCAUUGUGAAGACUUUUUUGAUAUUCAUUAGAAACAAUACAUCCUUUCUGAGAUAUUUACAGUAUUAUUAAAAAUGAAAAAGGUUGUACUGUUUUGCAUAAUGGACAUUUUUAUCGGGUAUUCAAAGGGCACACAGUUGUCUGCUUACUCAUUUUUAAAAAUUAAAGGAAUGAACAAACUAUAA